AUGAAGUAUCCACUCCUCUUGUUAGGAUUCCUGAGCGCGGCCCAUGGCCUGGCCCUCUACGCGGCCUCCUACCCCUUCGUCUACUCCGCCGGGGGAUCGGCUGUGUUCACGCCCACGCAGCAGCAGUACAUCUCGCAGGACGCCCUGGGCCAGUACUCCUACGGCUACUCAGAACCACUGUCCUCCAAACAAGAGACCCGCACCCUGGACGGCACCACGCGGGGCACCUACAGCUACCGCGAUGCAGCAGGCAAACGCCAGACCGUUGACUACUUGGCCGAUGCACGUGGCUUCCAUGUGGCGGCCACCAAUUUGCCGAAGGCUGUCAUUCCCCGGGAGCUGGCUGCCGGAAGGAGUGCCUCGCAUGGCGUACAGCAUCCAGUGUCUGUCCAUCAUCCGUUGGAGCAUCCCCAUCCCGUGGAACAUCACCAUCCCGUCGAGCACCAUGCUGGCCACAUCGUUGAGCAUCCCUCAGUGAUCGGCACUGGCAGGAUUGCAGUGCAGGGCAUUGCCCAUUCCGUUGGUCACCACCCAAUUGUCUAUCCCCAUCCCGUGGAACAUCACCAUUCCGCGGAGCACCAUCCCGCGGAGCACCAUCCCGUAGAGCAUCAUUCUGGUCAUGUCGAGCAUCACCCUGUAGACAUCACAGGCAGGAGUGCAGAGCACCAUUCGAUUGUCCAUCAUCCAGCUGAGCACCAUCCCGCGGAGCACCAUCCCGCAGAGCAUCAUUCUGGUCAUGUCGAGCAUCACCCUGUAGACAUCUCAGGCAGGAGUGCAGAGCACCAUUCGAUUGUCCAUCAUCCAGCUGAGCACCAUCCCGCGGAGCACCAUCCCGCAGAGCACCAUUCCGUAGAGCAUCAUUCUGGUCAUGUCGAGCAUCAUGCCGUUGACAUCACAGGCAGGAGCGCUGAGCAUUAUCCGGCUGUCCACCAUCCUGCCGAGCACCAUCCCGCGGAGCACCAUCCCGCAGAGCACCAUCCCGUAGAGCAUCAUUCUGGUCAUGUCGAGCAUCAUCCAACCGACAUUACAGGCAGAAGCGCUGAGCACCAUCCGGCUGUCCACCAUCCUGCCGAGCACCAUCCCGUGGAGCACCAUCCCGCAGAGCACCAUCCCGUAGAGCAUCAUUCUGGCCAUAUCGAGCAACAUCCGAUUGACAUCACAGGCAGGAGUGCUGUGCAUGGCGUGGUCCAUCCCGAAGCUGUCCAUCAUCCCGAAGCGCAUCAUCCCGUGGAGCAUCAUCACGCGGAGCAUCCAUCUGGUCAUCAUGUGGCUGAGCAUCCCUCUGUGGUUGGCGCUGGAAGAAGUACUCUGCAUGCCGAAGGUCACGAGCUCCCUCAACCCGUUGUCGACACCCCCGAAGUGGCCGCCGCCAAGGCCCUCCACCUGAAGCGCGUCCACGAGGAGAAGGUUCGCAACGAGAUCCUCCAUCCCAUCGCUAUUCCAGUGCCAGUGGCCCGCAGCCACCAUGUGGUGCUGCCACCUACGGCCCUAUACGGCUACACCAGGCCCCACUAUUACUCCUCCGGCUUCUACUACUGA